AUGGAGGAACGUAGUACGAAAGCAUCCAUCUCCUCAUUUGCAUGGGAACAUCCUGAAGAAUUUGAACGCAUUCGCUACGAUGCAGUAUCACUGAGUGUCACUACCUCAACAAUCAACUCUAUUUACCAUGCUUUUGCUUUGGCCAUCAGCUGA